AUGGACCGCAUUGUAACUAAUAGGGUGAUCUCAAGGCCAGUGUGUACCCAAUGCCUCCAGCACAAUCGGAUAUGUGACUGGCCUGAGCAGCUUAAACGUGGUCCUGCAAAAGGCUAUAUAGAGUCCCUGGAGCACCGGUUGCAAGAAACAGAAAACGUCUUGCUUAAUGUGCUCUCCCAGAUCUCGGACGCUCAACUGUCCGCCAGUAUCGCUCAAGGCCAGCAGUAUAGAACAAGAAACAACAACGGUCACUUGCUGUACUCCCCAGUGCCCCGUCUAGGGAGAAGAGGCGCGGAGUACUGGAAAAGAUUUCCUCUGGACACUCCCCAUAAUGUCCGCGAAUGGCAAUAUGACUGUCUAGAUCAAGGCUUAGAACCUUCAACGCCUAGCGUCUCUGAUAAUAAUACCAGUCUGCAAUUAUCAGGAGCCGAGUUUGCUGAAGAAACGAUCGUUGAGUCAAACAAUCAACGCGAGCCAUCCGAAUACCCAUCUUCGGACAUGUCUCAGACUGAGUUCAACACCAAACAAGGUGAAAAUAACGGCGUACCGCUCUCCCCUAAGACUACAAGCCCGUUACCUCCCAAUUUCAGCAGAAAAUCGGGAAAACCACCCCCUACGAAAGCAUUUCGAUCUAUCCAAAGUGAUGUAGGGCUUCAGACGAGACGCCAUACCGUACAGGCCCAGCCAGAGACCCUAGAAGGGCUCAGUACCACGCCGCAGGAACCCAACUUUUGGAGUGGGGCGCCGUCUGUCAACUUUCAACAACAGUUCCUCUGGUAG